GGCUGGGCUCCGUAUAAACUUUCGUCGGAUAAAUUAUAUGCCUGGUUCCCUUACCAACUAUGAUUUGACUUUUUGUUUCCGAGAUUGAGUUGUUACGAACUUGGACUCUUUCCCAUUUGAUCGCAUUUUUUGUUCCCCUGAUCAAAAUCUGCUUCUGUUAAAAAGAAUCAAAUUAAACUUCCGGCAACAGACAACAAUAUAAUAUACCAACAAUGUAUUUUUAAAAUCCGAUCUGAAUUUGCAUAACCAUGCACUGCAAAAGAAAUAUUUGUAUCUCAUGACAGGAAAUCGGUGAUAUUGGCCGUUUUGUACUUUCGAACUUCCUUUGAAGCAAAUUCCGCACUUCUCUUCAUCAGGAGAGCGAUAAACCUCACGUAAGCAUCAUGUCUGCGCUGUUUGAGAUUAUCGCAUGGACCUUAACCAUAACAGCGUUGUCUGGAAACUCUUUCGUAAUAUUUCUGAUCCUAUUCAGAAAGAACCUUCGCUUGCGUAAACUCAACUGGUACAUUAUUUCCCUUGCUGUGGCGGAUGCUUUAGUGGCCUUAAGUUUCUAUCCUCCAUUGUUUUUUUGUGAUCGUUGGUCCUUCUGCCAAACAGGUAUCAUGAGAGCAUUUCGCUGGAUCUUCAUUUACUCCUCAGUAUGCAAUUUGUGCGCCAUGACAGCUGACCGUUACCUCGCCAUCACCAAACCCAUGUACCACAAAGUCAAGGUAUCGGACAGGAUUGUGGCCAUUUCGAUCGCGAUUUCAUGGCUUUUUCCUAUCAUUUUGCGUGGUGUUGUCUUCACUCCCCUUUAUUAUCUGCAUAAGAGGGAAGCAUUCAAGUACUUUCUUCCUGUGAUAGUCAUAAUAUUUGAGGUUCUUCCGUGUUUACUCAUUCUCUUCGCUGCCCUGCGAAUAAGCAUCGUUGCUAAAAGGGAACAAACAAAACACAAGAACAGAUCGAAAGGAAAAGCUAAAAAGGAGAAUCAGCGAGAAGGAUCAAGAGCUUUGAAGAUGAUUUUGAUGGUCACAUUUCUCUUUGUAUUCUGUUACGCCUUGGAAGCUUAUUACACGAUGUGCAAAAAUGUUUUGAAACUCUGCGAUGACACUGGAAUAAUUCAGAUGAUUCGUCGGCUCAUGUUGGUAGCGAACUCCGCGAUUAAUCCAUUUGUGUACACCUUCCUGAGAAGAGAUAUUAAGGAAGAAGUAAAGAAACUGAAAUUGUCUUGUAGAAAGGAGAAACAUUUCACCAGACACGAAACUGUAAUCGAUUCUACGACACCCUCUCCAGAAAGGGAAACACGCUAA